CGCCGUUUUCGUUUUGGAGUCGGCGUUCAUUCAUACAUGAACACAAAUUGGGCAUUUCUUUCUCGUUGAAACGAUGGACCAAUCUUCAAGAUUGUUACGGUGAAAAUCUCACAUCCGUUACGCUCUCAGGUAGGCUGAAGGCUACCACCUUUUGUACCGAAGGAGGAAACCUGUGCGAAGCCGCUACCGAACGUUGCCUUCGGUACCUCGGCGAAUAAAAACAUUCCCCAAAGCUGCCCAAAGAUUCGUCGGUAUGCAAUGGCGCCUGUAAAUAUGUCAUUUCAUGAGAGGCGUGGAGGACGGCAUGGCAGGGGAUCGGGCAGAGGGUCAGGAUCAAACAGAGGUGGACCAGGCAGGGGCAAGCGACCCUCCCACAUUCCCGAAGGCCUGAGAGGAAAGGAAAUUGGCCUUUACUUUGCUCGCAGAGGACGCGCCCGCAAAGCAUGGGCAGCUACUCACCAGAAGGUUGCCGUGUCAAUUGAUUAUCAAAGUCAGCAAGAGCUACAGCACCUCAUUCGCUGCAUUAACCUGGAAGAAGGCCCAAGCCAUGAGCGACUUGAGUCGAUCAACACAGUGGCGGUGGACUACCUGUCAAACGCCUCGUCAUCCUUUGAUCCAAAGGACGAUGUUGUCAAACUGAAAAUAGAGCGUGACACUGCCCUGGAUGAAAGGCUUCGCCAAGGCAUGCAAGCAAAGGUGCAGUCGCGGGAAUACCAAAGCAUGCUUGACUUCAGGAAGCAACUGCCUGCCUACACAAUGAGAGAGGAAAUAAUUGAAGUAAUUGAGAGAAAUCGGGUCGUGGUCAUCAGCGGUGAAACUGGAUCCGGAAAAACUACUCAGGUCCCACAGUUUAUUCUGGACUCGUACAUUGAGAAAGGCUUGGGGUCACUCUGUAAAAUCAUCUGCACUCAACCGCGCCGUAUCAGCGCAAUCUCUGUGGCAGAGCGGGUGGCAGCCGAGCGAGCAGAGCGGUGCGGUGAAUCGGCUGGCUAUCAGAUACGACUGGAAUGCAGAGCACCUCGAGAUCGUGGCUCCAUCCUCUUCUGCACCACAGGAAUCCUCUUGCAGCAGCUUCAGAGCGACCCGUACAUUCUGGCAGCGUCUCAUGUGAUACUCGACGAAGUUCACGAACGAGACCUGCAGACUGACUUUCUCAGCAUCAUCCUCAAAGACUUGCUCGCCGUGAGGCCUGACCUGCGCGUGAUUCUCAUGAGCGCCACAAUCAACGCAGAUCUAUUCUCUGAAUAUUUUGGUAACUGCCCACGGUUAGAAAUACCAGGCAUCGCUUUUCCUGUGGACGUCAUCUACCUCGAAGAUAUUCUUGAACACACUGGGUACCGAGGGAACAGCUUGUUUGAUGGCACUAGUGCUGUUCGAAGGAAAGACAGAAGAAAGUUUGAGGACUCAAUUGAAGAUGUCAUGCCAUUUAUUAGGAGCCUCGAAGGAAAGUAUUCAAACAAAACCUUGGGCACCUUAUCAGAAUGGAAUGAGAUGCGUAUAGACAUGGACCUGGUACAUGCAUUGAUUUCAGAGAUCUGUGCCAAGAAACCUGAAGGAGCGAUACUAGUCUUCCUACCGGGAUGGGAGCAAAUCAACGACUUGAACAAACUUCUGACAGCUGACCGAAAUCUGAAAAGUUCACUGAUAAUUCCCUUGCACUCCAUGAUGCCAACUGUCAACCAGAGACAAGUGUUUGAGAGGCCUCCAGCUGGAGUGCGUAAAAUUGUUCUGGCUACCAACAUAGCCGAAACAAGCAUCACCAUCAAUGAUGUUGUGUACGUGAUCGACUGCGGAAAAAUCAAGAUGACCAACUUCGAUGUGGACAAAAAUCUUGCUACCCUGAAUGCCGAGUGGGUGUCAAGGGCGAAUGCUCAACAGCGCAAAGGACGAGCAGGGAGAGUGCAGCCCGGCGUGUGCUACCGGCUGUACACUACCUGGAGAGAGUCUCAGCUGGAGGCCUACCAGCUGCCAGAGAUGCUCCGGACCAGGCUGGAAACACUCAUUCUGAAGAUCAAGAUACUGAAGCUCGGAAGUGCAGAAGCUUUUCUCCAAAAGGCAAUAAAUCCUCCUUCUUCUGAGGCACUGCAUCUUUCUCUUCAGUUUUUGAUUACACUGGCAACCUUGAAUGAAGAUGAAACUCUGACUCCUCUGGGCUACCACUUGGCCAAGCUGCCCUUGGAUCCUCAGACGGGCAAGAUGAUCAUCAUGGCGUCCAUCUUCUCUUGCCUCGACCCCAUCCUCACGGUGGCCGCAAGUUUGAGCUUUAAGGAUGCCUUUAUGGUGCCACUGGGAAAAGAGAAGCUUGUGGAUAAAGUAAAGAAGCAGUUCGCUGGAGACAGCAAGAGUGACCACAUAAUGCUCGUCAACGUUUUUUCUCAGUGGGAAGAAGCAGUGAAGCAUCGCAAUGGCAAUGAUUUCUGCUAUGCAAAUUUCCUUUCGUGGAACACACUCAAGAUGCUUUCGAACAUGCGACAACAGUUUGCCGAGUACCUGCAGGAGCUGAACUUCAUCAACUCAAAGAACAUCAAAGCCCGAGAGUUCAACCAAAAUUCUGACAACUUGAAAGUCUUGCAAGCUGUCAUCUGUGCUGGCCUGUACCCAAAUGUUGCUAAAGGCAUUUUUGCCAGAAGUAAAAGACUCAUGAGGUGCUCCACAAAGACCGAUGCAAAGACAUCACUACACCCAAAGUCUGUAAACGUUGGCGCAGCGGGCUUUGACACUCAGUGGUUUGUGUACUACACCAAAAUCCGAUCUACAAGGACGUACCUGCACGACAUCACUCCAGUCUAUCCCAUUCCACUGCUGCUCUUUGGAGGCUUUUUCAGGCACAGUGGCGACACCAUCACUCUUGAUGAUUGGAUCACCAUUCAUUGCGACUAUAAUCUUGCAAAGCUAGUCCAGGACUUGCGGCAGGAGUUUGAUCGCAUCCUCGAAAAGAAAAUCACUGCGCCUGGGCUGAAGGCCGGGACCAUGUCGUCCAACCAGCGACGGCUUCUUGCUGCCAUCAUCCAAGUCCUGUCACAGGAGACCACUGAUGUGCCCGAGGUGCCUGAUUCUUUUGAUGAUGAUGACACGGAUGUUCCAGGCAUUGAUGAAACCUAGCAGGUUCGAAUUGUUAAUAGGUGGCCCUUUCCUUCAACUGAGCGUAUGAUCUAAUGAUU